AUGGCGUCGUCGCCCGCCUGCGUUUCGUCCCCGGCUCACGCCGGCACAUGGCGACGCUCGCGUAUCACCUAUCGCCAGCUCGCACAGCUCGCCUCGUAUAGCCCAACGAAUCCUCUGCGCGUCGUGGCUCACAUUGACCUCGAUGCUUUCUACGCGCAAUGCGAGAUGGUUCGACUCGGCACCCCCGAAGAUAAGCCUCUUGCGGUCCAACAGUGGCAAGGCCUGAUUGCUGUCAACUAUCCAGCUCGCGAGUCUGGAAUCGGCCGCCACUGCAACGUGGAUGAGGCCAAGAAGCUGUGUCCGGAUCUGAUUGCCCAGCAUGUGGCCACAUGGCGCGAAGGUGAUCACAGGUGGGCCUAUCGUGAUGAUGCUGCCGCCAACAUUGCAUCCGACAAGGUCUCUCUCGACCCCUACCGCCUGGAGUCGAGGAGGAUCAUGGCUCUGGUCAAGGAGACACUGCCUCGACACCUACAGAAGGUGGAAAAGGCCGGCAUCGACGAGGUCUUUCUCGACCUAUCCGCUCACAUCCACUCCGUGCUGCUCGACCGCUUUCCCGAAUUAAGCAGCCCGCCGCCGUACAAUGACCCCACGGAGAUGUUGCCCCUGCCUUCCAUUUCGGCGCUAGAUUGGAAAGCCGAUGCCCUCGUCGACCUGGAAGAGGAAGAGGAAUCCCAGGAUCCCGACUGGGACGACGUGGCCAUCCUUGUAGGGUCCGAGAUUGUGCGUGAUGUGCGCGCCAGGAUUCGUGACAAGCUGGGCUAUACCUGCUCUGCCGGGCUAGCGAAUAACAAGCUGCUCAGCAAGUUGGGCUCCGGUUUCAGGAAGCCCAACCGUCAGACUGUUGUGCGGGCUCGAGCCGCUCAGCAGUUCCUCGCCGACUUCAAGCUUACCAAGCUUCGCAACCUGGGCGGCAAGCUUGGGGAUCAGGUGGUGUCUACGUUCCAUACCGACCGUAUCAAGGAGCUGCGGGAAGUGUCGCUGGACCAGUUCAAGGCGAAGCUUGGCGAUGAGACGGGAGUCUGGCUGUAUAACACUCUCCGAGGUGUCGACACGAGCGAGGUCAACUCGCGGACGCAAAUCAAGUCGAUGCUGUCAGCAAAGUCGUUCCGGCCCAGCAUCAACGGUGUGGAUCAGGCAGUCAAGUGGCUGAGAAUCUUUGUCGCCGACAUCUACGCUCGCUUGGUGGAGGAAGGCGUCUUGGACAAUAAGCGACGGCCGCGGACCAUCAACCUGCAGCAUCGCACCGCCGGACAGACCCGCAGCCGUCAGGGCCCCAUUCCGCAGGGCAAGGCGUUGGACGACGAAGUUCUAUUCCAGCUCGCCAAUGAGCUUCUGAGUCAAAUCGUAGGUGAUGGCAAAAUCUGGCCAUGUGCCAACCUGAGCCUCAGCGUGGGUGGCUUCCAAGACGGGGUCAAGGGCAAUCUGGGCAUUGGAGCCUUCCUCGUCAAAGGGGGCACACAAGCAGCCUCUGGCCAAUCUACUUCUUCCGACGACACGGCGGCACCUGAAGAACGGCUAAGCAAGAGACCUCGUAUCGAGGGCGGCGGGCUACAUCGAUUCUUUGCCAAGGCAUCUUACUCUGACGGCAGAGCACCCAAUGAGCAAAUCUCAGCCGUCGCAAGCGUGAUGGAUACAGAACACCACCAGGGGUCGGGAUGGCCGUCGCGGCAUCCAUCGCCUGCAGAACAGGAGCUGGCCGUCGCCUGCUUUCAGUGCUCACGGUGUGAAACCAGUUUCGAGGAGGCAGUGUCGUUGCAGAGCCAUGAGGACUGGCAUGUGGCAAAAGAUCUCCAGAAGGAAGAACGUGCUAGGCCGGUGCCCGCUCAGAGACCUCACCCGCCAAGCAGCGCCCUGCCCAAGGGGACCAGUGUGUCUACGAAACGUGGCCGAGGCGGCAAGCGCGAGCCAGGGCAGAAGAAGCUCGACUUUGGAUGA